AGAACCGCUCCGAGAGACUCAGUUGGUGGCGUCGGGUCCUUGCCUUGAAACCCGAGGGGACAAGAAAUAGGUGGGCUCAGCCACAAUCAGCCCAAUUUAUGGUUCCAUCCAAUCCGUCUACACCUCACAGGCUCAGUCAGUCAGUCAGUGAGUGAGUGUUUCCUUUCCAUUCCCUCCCCACCGGCCGGCCAAGCGAUCUCCAUCUCCAUCUCCAUCUCCAUUUCCAUUUCUAUUCCCAAUUCCAACUCCAUUUGCAUUGCAUCUGCAUCUUUGCACCUCGGAGGUAUAUUCGCCUCUCUAAUUUGGCUCAAUCUCUUCUGUCACCUCUUCUUAUACAGUACGGGUGCGUAUUCGCCUGGGUCGCCUUGUGCAUCCCCGCUGUUCAUCAUUUCCGAAAGACCGUGCUGCCUCGACGACAAAUCGGCCCAGCCAGCCUGUCCUAGCACCGAAUCAUUGAUCUCCCCCCGCCGCUGCGGAUUGCGAAGCUCUCCCCAUCAGAACAGGCACACAAAGCUUCAUUCGCCAAUAGCUGCUCCAACGUUACCAUCACUGUUGUCGCCUCGACGCAAAUCCAAUCUGACUCGUUCCUCGCGAUUGUCACAGUGCUUAUUGCGCUCCAAUUCACUGCUCCUACCUUAAAUCUGCGACGCAACUGUUCCUGCCCAAUCUCUACUCCACGACCUGACCCAACUCAAGGAAUGUGAGGUCCACUUCAACGAAGUCUGACUCAAUCAAACAACUUGGACAGUCCCCGGAAUUAUAAACUAAAUAUCUGUGUUGGUCGCCUUUCCAAAUUGACAUCGGUAUCAUGAACGAAUACCACCCGCCGUCGACGAACGAAGCCUUCUCUCCUUCACAGGAGCGCGACCGAUCCGGCAGCAUGUCCUUGGGCAAUAUCCCCUUGAGUCCCCAGGGGCCCCCAUCAGACCACGGCGGUGCUGCAGUCGACGACACCAUGAACAAAGACCAGAAAUCCGACGCCGAUACCACAUCGCCUACGCAAACAUCAGGUCCAUCCGGUGUGAAUUCCGAACAGAUUAAGCAAGUUUCGGACGUUUUAUCUUCCGAGAUUGGCAUUGUUACGCUACUGAAUCGUCUCAAACAGAGUAUAGCUUCAGCAAAGGAAUUUGCAUUGUUCCUCAAGAAACGAUCGAGUCUAGAAGAAGACCAUGCCAAUGGCAUCAGAAAACUCACCCGUACCACCCAGGAGGUCAUGCGCCGACCUGACCAUCGGCAAGGCACAUUCGGUAACGCAUACGAGGCUAUGGCAAGCACCCACGAACGUAUGGCUGAGAAUGGCAUUGAGUUUGCCAAAGAGCUACACCAGAUGCAUGAUGAGCUUAUGGAGCUCGCUGGUGUUGCCGAGCGCAGCCGGAAGUCAUGGAAGCAAAACGGCUUGUCCGCUGAGAACAAAGUGGCAGAGAUGGAGCAGACUAUGCGUAAGAGCAAGGCCAAGUACGACUCUCUUGCUGAGGAUUAUGAGCGGGUUAAGACCGGCGAGUCGCGCCAGAGCGGCAAAAUGUUCGGCCUCAAGGGGCACAAGUCAGCGCAGCAGCAUGAGGGUGAGCUGCUGAAGAAGGUUCAAGCAGCCGAUUCUACCUACCACGGGCAUGUCCAGGCGUUGCAGGCUGAGAAGGCCCAGCUUGUGUCAACGACACGCCCAGAAGCCAUUCGAGCGCUUCAAGACUCGAUUAAGGAGAUUGAUGCAGGAAUCUCAUUGCAGAUGCAGAAGUUUGCCUCCUUCAAUGAGCGCCUACUAUUAAGCAAUGGUCUGAGUGUCAGUCCCAUUCAGGGUCCUGGGGCCCAAGGCAGCUCUGCUCAACGCAGUCUACGACAGGCUGCUUCUUCGAUUGACAACGACAAAGACUUAAAUGACUAUGUCACGGCACAGCACAGAAGUGUGCCUCCCAACACUGGUGAAAUCAAAUAUGAGCGCAAUCCAGCACUGAACCCUCCGGGCUCCAGCAGCCAGCAUAAUCCAGGAGGCCCUGUCCAACAACCCGCAGCUGUUGUGCAGUCACCGGUAUCACAGACGCAGCCCCAAGGUGGUUUCUCCGGGCCACAGCCUUUAGGUCCAGGAUCAAGGACUAGUACCCUUGGUCUUGGCCCUAUCACUGGCGUUACUGGUGGUGACCCUUCAUUUCCCCCGACUGAUGACCCUCGACCUUUUUCGCAGCCUCAUAAUAGGAGCUUUAGUCAAGGUAACAUGCCAGUGCAACAGGGCACUCCUAACCAGCAAUUUCCAGGUCGGGGCCCCAAUCAACAACAGGCACCUGGUCAAAGAUAUAACAAUGGGGGCUCUAUCAGUUCGUCCGGGCCACCGCAACUUGGUGCUCUGCCCUUCCAGCCUGGCGGUUCCCCUCCUCAACAGCCGUCUCCUGGCCAAGCUCCUCAUGAACGUUCAGGAAGCGGGGUAAACUCGGGACAAGGACCUCCAGGUGCUACACGGUCACCACCUCCCUACGGAGCUUCUAGCCACCCUCCUCCUGGGCCUGGGCAUUCCGGCCCUGCCAGGCCAAUGUUCGGCUUGCCACUGAGUCGUCUCUAUGAACGUGACGGCUUGGCAGUACCAAUGGUUGUUUACCAAUGCAUCCAGGCGGUGGAUAUGUACGGCCUUAAUGUGGAAGGCAUAUACCGCCAGUCUGGGUCCAUGGCUCAUAUCCAAAGACUAAAGAAUAUGUUCGACACAGAGUCAUCCAACCCUGCGCUCGAUUUUAGGAAUCCCGAGAACUUUUACCAUGACGUCAAUAGUGUUACUGGCCUGUUGAAGCAGUUUUUCCGCGAUCUCCCUGACCCGCUGCUCACCCUCGAGUAUCAUGAUAGCUUCAUCACAGCUGCCAAACAAGAAGAUGAUACGGUGCGUCGCGAUUCGAUUCACGCGAUCAUCAACAGUCUUCCUGAUCCCAACUACGCUACACUGCGUGCUCUCACUCUUCACCUCUGGAGAGUCAUGGAUAACAGCCACAACAACCGCAUGAACUGCCACAACCUAGCCGUCAUUUUUGGCCCGACACUCAUGGGCACUGAUCCCAGCACCGCCAUUGCCGAUGCGGGCUGGCAGAUUAAGGCCAUCGACACUAUCCUGCAAAACACGCUCCAAAUUUUUGACGAGGAUUAAACUUGAAUGUAAGCGCCUCGUGUUGGUUAAGGGCAUAAUAUGUAACGCUUGUUGGAAGAGGCGGGGAGGGAUGUUUAUAUCUAUCCAUGUUGGCUGUUUUUAUGUUGCAUGGCGUCUCGUAUCUAAUGCACGUUCGUUUCUUCUUGUGCUUGGAGGUUAUUGUAAAAUCACUGGGUGGCAAACGUGAGCGCUUUUUUUCUCUCCUGUGCUUUCUUUUGCGCUUGUUCAGUUUAUCUCGUACUUGCUUCUUGCGUGUGACGGCAUUUUGUACGUGACAGGUUAGACUCGCAGUCAUAAACAAGCAAGGUAAUUUAAACGGUUUGCUGCAGGGUAGGUGAUAUCACAUGGCGUUUCUUCAUUCUUCACAUGUGAGACUUUUCAACACUCGACCGAUAAUACCUACCUAUAAACUAUGCAAUGUAGGUGCCGAUGGCUAUAACCAAGACUUUGUCUACUGGUGUCGAUGGUCUGGUUCUCCCGUCACCGCUGGUUGUAGGAACUGGGCUAGAACAGCGUUUCAAUCACUCUAUACACAUGAUUUUCACGAG